ACGGUAACGAGUUAAAAAGCCGACGUUUCAAGCGUUAGCCCUUAGUCAGCGCGAAUCAGGGCCCUGGGUAUACCAAAACAGGGCAAUCAGAACCAGUCUUACUCGGCAAGAUAGCGCGAUAGUGUUGUGAAUCGAACUGUACGUACGCGUAUGUACAUUUUGAUACAUUUCCGUCCCAAAAUGAGCCAAACGAGAGUUGUCAUCAUACCAGGAAACGGUAAUGGAGAUGUUGAACGAAGUAACUGGUAUGGCUGGCUCCGAAACAAGCUUAAAGAGAAAGAUGUGGAGUGUGUACUGAAGAAUAUGCCUGAUCCAGUGGUGGCACGUGAAGCUAUAUGGAUUCCAUUCAUGGAGAAACAGCUUAGUUGCGACAGCAACACUGUGGUUGUUGGGCAUAGCUCAGGGGCCCAAGCUGCCAUGAGAUAUACAGAGAAUCAUCAUGUAUAUGGUUUGGUUCUGGUUUCAGCCUGUGUGACAGAUUUGGGAGAUCCCAAUGAAAAAGCAAGUGGUUACUAUAAUCGGCCCUGGGAAUGGGAACAGAUUAGGCUCAACACUCAAUGGAUUGUUCAGUUUGGUUCAACAGACGACCCUUUUGUUCCAUUUAGUGAACAAAAACAAGUGGCAGAAGGAACUAGUGCUGAGUUCCAACAAUACUCUGAUAAAGGACACUUUAUGUCAAUGGCAUUUCCUGAACUUCUUGAAAAAUUGAUGGAAAAAUUACAAGGAAGCUGAUUAAAAAUGGAAUUAAUCAGGGAAGAGCUUUAAUCAACUAAAUAUCAAAAGUAUCAUAAAGCGCAAGGCUGACAAGAUUUUGAUCAUUAAGGUUUUUGUAAAUUGAAAGAUUGGUUUAAAAACAGCUAUUACUCUUUUCCCAGUUUGGCUAUUAAACAACCUGAAAUUGUUGUCAGUAA